GCCCAUUAAAUAGAUCCAGCCGCCAAAGUGGGUCUAGGGUUCGUCGUUUCGCCUAGAUUGCUUGCCGGAACAGGACCCCUCCAAAACCGCCACAGGUCUUCUCUCGCUCUCGCGUUCAGGUCCUCUCGAUUUCGCCCCGUCCUUCUCCUCUGAUCCGAAGGCGAAUUGCGUUUGCUUGUGAAGAACAAAGAGAGGUGCUGAAGCUGGGGCAUGCUCUAAUAGUCGGAGAUGGAAGUAGAUACACUGAAGAAUGAAUUCGAUCGUGUUGUUAAAAAGCAGAAACUUGCAUCCUCGAGAACUAUAGAUUUGAUAAACCAAAUCGAGAAAGAAAUUGAGCAGGCUAUCGGUGCUAUCCAAGAAAAUGGCACAGAUAGGGAUGCUGCAUCAAAUCUGAACCAUGAAAUUCUUACUAAUCUGAAGAAUACACUGAAAGAGUUGGUUCCAGUGAAGCAACUUGAGAGCUGCCAGAAAGAAAUGAACACUGCACUUGGCAAGUGGGUCAAGACCACCGAGAAAUUCUUCAUCAAUGAUAUUUCAAAAGCUUACAAGAAUGUCGACAUGGAACCGCAUGUACUUAAUGAGAUUAUUGCAAACCAUCUAUACCAGGAGGCAUUAUUUGACAUAGGUGACAACUUUCUUGGAGAGGCCAGUUGCUUAGCAUCUAUAAAACUGAAACAACUGUUUCAGGAGAUGUAUGAGAUUUGUGGUGCGCUGCGGACUGAGAAAUUUGAGCCAGCUCUGAGUUGGGCAAUGAAAAAUCAUGAUGCACUACUGCAAAACGAUUCCUGUCUCGAGCUUAAGCUUCACCAGUUGCAGUUUGUUGAGAUACUCAAGCAAGGAAAAAGAGAUGAGGCUCUUCAGUAUGCUAGGGCAUACCUGGCGCCAUUUGCUACCACACACAAGGAUGUAAUCCAGAAGCUGAUAGCCUCCAUAUUAUGGGCCGGGCGCCUUGACCAGUCACCAUAUACAGAGUUCUUAGUACCAACUAACUGGGAGAAGCUAGCUGAGGAGUUCGCUCAACAGUUCUGCGAUCUGAAGGGUCAAUCCUCCACAGGUCCUAUGGGCAUGACAGUUGCAGCUGGAGCUGAAGUGUUGCCAAUUCUUCUUAAACUGAUGACGGUACUAACUGCAAAAAGGGAGUGGCAGUCUAUGAAGGAAUUUCCUUUCCCAUUGGACCUCCGCAGGGAAUUUCAGUUCCACUCAGUGUUCAUCUGUCCUGUGCUUCGUGAGCAAGGUAGUGAUGAUAAUCCUCCAAUGCUUCUUCCAUGUGGGCAUGUCUUGUCGAAGCAGUCGACCGCAAAAUUAUCAAAGAGCAGCUCCCGGUCUUUCAAAUGCCCAUAUUGCCCGUUUGAAGCAUUGGCAUCUGAGUGUAAGCGGCUUUAUAUCUGAGGAGCUCCCGGUCUUUCAAAUGCCCAUAUUGCCCGUUCGAAGCAUUGGCAUCUGAGUGUAAGCGGCUUUAUAUCUGAGGAUUUGUUACUCUAUGAUUAGCCAUUUGUGUGCACCAGCCUUUGCUAUCUCUUUUCCUGUCAACGAUGCUACGUUCUUUUAUCACCUCCCUGAUAAUGUCAAAUCUUCGUUGACACUUGCAAAGGUAAUACGUUAUACUCAGGGUGCUCAACUCUGCUCAUGUCUUGUAUAUAGAGUAUGAAAGAGAUGUAAUAAGAACACAUUGGAUGAUUUAUUCUCUUGAUAGGGCCAUGGGGUGAUUUUACUGCGUUUGAUUGA